ACAAACAAAUCUUUUUCUUUUCCUCCCUUUUUAUUAUUGAAGUUACAGAAGGGAGGGGUUUUUGAUGAUGACUCAAAUAGAAUUUAGACAAUCAAGAAUGAAAGAAGGUGUCAAAGUGACACUAAAAAGAAAGGAAUCUGAUGAUGACGAAGCGAUCGACACCAAGGAACCAAAACGUUUACUCACUAAUUUACCUGUUCGUUCUCGUAUAAACACAAACCAAGAUCUCUGGAAAGGAAUGUCCAUCUUGAGACAAGACUGCAGAACGUCUGGUAUUAUACCGAAACUAGAGCCAAAUCUUAAAAGUGACGAAACCCAGUAUGCUUUUUUAUGUAGUCCUUAUACCGAUUAUAUCUCAACUGGUCUCAUGGACCUUGGUUGGGGCUGCGGAUACCGUAACUGUCAAAUGUUGAUGAGUUUCCUAGAAAGACACGAAGAAGAAGGUGAAUGUCUAUUGAAAUGUGUACCUGAUAUAUCUUCUAUACAAUUAUUGAUCGAAAAUGCUUGGAAAGAAGGAUUUGAUCCAUUGGGCGCUAAACAAUUAAAAAACCACGUAUUCAAAACCCGCAAAUGGAUUGGCACAACUGAAGUAUAUACACUCUUGGCUUAUCUCGGCAUUCGAUCUACCAUCAUUGACUUCCAUCAACCAGGCCCUGAGAGACUCCACAAGGAUAUGUUUGAUUGGAUUCAGUCUUACUUUACUACGGAAAUUGAAACAAAAAAGGGAAGAAAGGUUUACAUCACACAUCGUCCUCCGCUUUAUUUACAGCAUCAAGGUCACAGCAGAACAGUGAUUGGUAUCGAAAUACUCAAAUCAGGGAAGAGAAAUUUGAUCAUUUUCGACCCCGGAAGACGUAUGCUUAGAUCAUUCAGGAAAAGAGUGAAUUAUAAUGAAGAAUCAGACAGCAGCAGUAGUAGUAGUGAAAUAAGCAGUAGUAGUAGUAGUAGCAGUAGUAGUGAAGAAGAAGAGGAAGAGGAAGAAGAGAUUGAUAUUAUGAAUGAUCAUCAUCAGCCCAAGACAUUACGACAAAGACUGUUGACAAAAUUAAAAAAGAGCAAUAGAACCAAAUCAAAUACAUCUUCAUCAGCAUCAUCAACAUCAUCAGCAUCAAGCCUAUUUUAUCCAUUUAGAGUAGAUGAUAAAACCAUUGCCAAGCAUAGACAAUAUCAGAUAUUAGUAUUAGGACAAGUUGUAUAUCACCAAGGAAAGAUGCAUUGGGAUGAAAAGAAAGGAUAUUUAUUAAACGAAGACGAAAGAGAAGCAAUGAAAAACGUUACAAGCUUGGCUGUCAUGUAA